CCUAGUCCACCGCGGUCCUCCACAACAUUCGGGCUACAUCAUCAGUUGCGAUAAGUACACCAGGGGGUAACCAAUCUGGAUGACAGCCAAUGUGUGCCAGUGUGAUCGUGCUAAUCGCGCCGAUCGAAUCCAUUCAAACGCUGCUCCGUAACUCGCACUGUAUAUUCUUAUUAUAAGACAACGUUCAAUUUAUUAUACGAGUUACGGAUAAUUAUUUUGGGUAAUGAGUAGUCGUGAUGUAAUAAAUCCAGAGUGCACGAGACGAGACAUAUUAUUGGCAAGCUGGUGCUAAAUAAUACACAGAGCUCCCAUUGUACCUCACAGUGAGCGUGGAUGUGGGAGUAGAUGUGUGUUGUCUAUGUUGUUGGUCUGUACACAAGUGGUGGUGGUGCGUAUCCAGCCCCCGAGUCGAAAGAGAUUAACCCAGCAUCGUAUCGUGGAACGGUCAGCCGCGACCUCGUGACGACCCCACCGUAUAGAUAGACACACAACAACCAGUCUCAGCACGACCCCGUAGUGGCAGCAGCGUCGUAGGGAGUAAGAGGUGAACCCUGUGAGAGCAUCCAGGAGAGAAAACCGCACCCUCGUGAGCAGCUUCAGGGACAGUGGGAGUAAGACCGCGAGCUGACACAGAUAAACCUGUGUAACAACAUUCGACAGCACAUUGUCACACGUAAAUCCCGUUCACGCAAUGGGACACCCGACAAAGACUCGGAUUUCCCUGUCCCGAACCACGAGGGACAGAUCCACUGACUUUGCCGCCUUGGGAAAAUAAUUUAUCACGAGCUGUCUUCUCAACCAACAAAGAUGUAUGUGCAAGAAACGAUGGACAAGACUUAUCACCCACCGGCUCUCACUCAGCACUCGCUCGGUUCGAGAGAACUCACGCUCUUUAGCCAGAGAUCGAACCUAGAUAGCCGCUGAAUCUCUUCUGUGGAUUUACCUCCAGUGAUUGAGUGGUGAUAAUAUUAUUAUUAUAUUUUAAUUGUCGCUUUUAAUAUUGGUAUUAUUAUAUAAUGCAUAUGUACAAAAGUUAAUCUCUUUAUCUGUGCGUGCAUACCCCAAUUGUCCUGCGCUUCUGUGUGCACUCCCUCUGUCGAUGAGAUAAUCCCUGGACGGUCGACGUGUCCGAUGUAUAAAUAUUUUAUAAUUUCGUGGUGUUGUCAGCGACUUGAUAACAGUAACAGCAACAACAAAAACCAAAACAUUGACAAUAAUAAAAGUAUAUAUAAGUGCAAUGGGGUUGUGCCGCAGACGAUAUCGACGAAGAUCCAGACACCGUAGAGGCCACAUUAAUCAGACAACAAACUCCGAAGAGUCACCUUACCUCUACCUUUUAGUUCGAAAUAACAGGCAGUAUGCGAUGCGCGGUUAACGGAGGUACGGACGCGUUGUCGCGUCAACGCAACAUGUAUUACCAUACUGUAUCAUCGGCAUCGUCAUUGUCAUCAAGCUGGACGUCAACAAGAGCUACGGCACCGAGGACAACUACAAGAUCAGCAGCAGCAGCAUCAUCACCACCACUAGCAGCAUCACCAGUAGCAGUAACAGUACCAACAAGAGCAACAGCCGCUCAUCUACUUGAGCCUCGAUGUUGGGGUUUACAAUGUCCACUAGGGGGAUCAUUUCAUUGCUGAGUAAGUGUGCUGACUCGCCAUCACUAGUAUUCGGUCAGUCAGUCAUUCAGUCAGGUGAUGAAAUAAUAAUAAAAAUUGGAUGAUCACUAGAACGAGGACAAGAUCCGUAGGAUGUAGUUGACGUUGCUCGUCCCUUCGGAGAGAACGCGAGCGAGCGUUGCAGAGGGUGGCGAGGGUGAUAGAAAAGUAACGAAAAGUACGAUACGACGACGAAGAAGAAAAAGAAGAAGAAAAAAAAGAAAAAGGAGGAAAAAAAAGGCAGAAGGGCGGAUUAGGCACUUUUGGAAUUUUUUUAGGGUAGCGAAUGCGUUAUAUGCAGCACCCUAAUAUCUGUUGGUUGUGUUCACUUGACGACGCACUGGAGGGUGAAACGACAGUGACGACUUUUACGCCUAACUGGCGUUAAUACCUCAGUGAGAAGGAGAGACGAGUAAAGAGGUAGAGAAAAGGAAAAAAAAAAUAGAUAACGAGACAGAGAUAGGAAGCGGAAGAGGAAGAGAGAUUGAGCGAGUGGUAAACGCUCAUAAGUGACGAAAUGAACGUAACUGAGGUGUCACUAAAUGACAAUGAAUGCAAUUUAACCGGGAGUUCAAACAGCACUGAACACAAAUACGAAAUUUGGGAAAAGGUCUUGAUGACAUCAGUGGCAUUAUCACUCAGUCUGGUGACUGUUAUUGGCAAUAGUAUGGUCAUGAUAUCAUUUAAAAUAGAUAAGCAGCUACAGACAAUAUCUAAUCACUUUUUAUUCAGUCUCGCUGUCGCGGAUUUUGCUAUUGGCCUGAUAUCAAUGCCACUGUUUACUAUCUACACAUUACUCGGGUACUGGCCGCUGGGUCCGCACGUGUGUGACACCUGGCUGGCCCUCGACUAUCUCGCCAGCAAUGCAUCAGUACUUAAUCUUCUCAUCAUAAGUUUCGAUCGAUAUUUCUCGGUGACAAGACCUCUCACCUAUCGGGCCAAGAGAACUCCGCACAAGGCAGGCGUUAUGAUUGCUUCUGCAUGGGGAAUUUCUGCAUUACUCUGGCCACCCUGGAUCUACGCCUGGCCUUAUAUCGAGGGCAAGAGAACGGUACCAGAGACAAUGUGUUAUAUUCAAUUCAUCGAGACAAAUCAUUACAUCACCUUUGGCACCGCUAUUGCCGCAUUUUAUGUACCCGUCAGCGUUAUGAUAUUUCUUUAUUGGCGGAUAUGGCGGGAAACGGAGAAACGAAAAAAGGACUUGACAAAUUUACAAGAGGGUAAACAGGAUGCCAGCAAACGGAGUAAUUCCAGUGACGAGGCUUUAGAUAUGGAGGGAUACAGACGGGGGCGUAGUGAAUCGAGUACGGGAGCUCACGAUGUCGGGUCUACUAAUCUUCCAAUGUCUUAUCUGGAGAAACAUUAUCCUGAUUACAAAAACCACAGGCCGUUUUCAUGGGCGUCCCUGAAAAUGUGGUGCGUCGCGUGGUGGCACAGCGGCCGCGACGACGAUGACGACGAUGACGAGAUAGGCGGGACAGAUGUUAGCAGCAGGACUGCGCAUCCCGGUUGCGAGGAAACUUUGACGCCAGUGUCCGCCGAAACUCCGUUUACCGAUGGUCAAACUCUUGACGGUAUUUCAGCGAGCACACAGUUAACCAGCGAGCAUCAGGAUUACCGAAGAUCCCAGACGUCUAGUCAACUUAGCAAAGAUGCUUCCGGAGAUAAAGUCUACACUAUUGUGAUAAAUGUGGUGCCAAAUGAACCAGGUAGGAUACGUUUGUACGACGACGUGAUGUUUCAUGUCCCUCAAACGAGCAGUGGAACUGGAGAGGACACUAUCAGCAGGACGAGUCGCCGCGUCGAUUCCCUGUCAAAUCAAUCCAACACGAUGAUACGUCGGCCAUCCCAGAUGCCGGACGUCAGGUUGCCUCUCAACAAGAAUACCAACAAACCUGGUGGUGUAAAUGCUGGUAAAGUUAUAGUCACAAAACAGCCGAAUAAAAAGAAAAAAAGUCGUGCGCAGGAUAAAAAAGCCGCGAAAACAUUGUCCGCUAUUUUGGCGGCAUUUGUUAUCACCUGGACACCUUACAAUAUUCUUGUACUGCUCAAGCCCCUUACUAAGGCGUGUGUCGUCGAGAUACCCGAGGAACUUUGGUCUUUUUUUUACUAUCUUUGCUAUAUUAACAGUACUGUUAAUCCGGUAUGUUACGCUCUGUGCAAUGCAACUUUCAGACGAACUUACGUUAGAAUUCUCAAGUGCAAGUGGCAAAGCAGAAACAGGGGCGCCGGGAGAGCCUACUGUCCAUCGUAAAUCGUGCAUUUAUUAUUUAUUAUAAUUAUUAUUACUAUUAUUAUUAUUAUCAUUAUUAUUAUUAUUAUUAUUAUUAUUAUUAUUAUU